CCAAAAUCCCAGUAAGACGUCCAGUAGCAAUUGGCAGAGCGACAAUGCGGCCCUUCACCCGACUACCCUUACGUUCAUCUCCAAUCCGUCCCUCCACCCUCUCCAAAACUCUCAUCUUCAAUGGCCCCUCCGCAGCAUCCGUACGUCACAUAUCCUUCCGCGAUCGCUUCAUCCUCGAAUCCCGCACCGCACUCAAGAUCAUCGCAUUCAGUUCCACUGCAGUCUCCCUCAUCAUUCUUGGUACGUACUACGGUACCCACAUAUACCUCGAAUCGACCGAACCCACACCCAAAGAAUUCCCCUGGAGAGCACGAGAAUUGCUGCGGAGUGUGAGGGUGGGUCAAGAUUGGAUGAAUGACGACGCCCGUGCUAUGACGUGGGCACGGAACGCGUUGGAGGAGUGUGGGUUACCACUCGAAACCCCGAAUCUGGAGGAAGAAGCAAAGACGAAGACGGAUGCGUUCAUGAAAGGAUGGGUUUUCGCAGUUCAGAAAUACGCCUAUACCCUCGGCCGAACAGGACAAGCGAGCGAAGCUGUACGACUCUACGAACUCGCACUCAAACUAGCACCAAAACAUCUCCUCUCCCCCGAGGAGUUAUCCGACAUCUACCGUAACCUAGGCGACCACCAAUCCCGAACCCCAGACGUCGUCUCCGCCGAAUCAAAUCUCCUCGAGGCCUACAACCUCGCACUCAACUCCUUGCACCCCCUCCCCCCCAACUCCCCCGCCCUCGUCCCCGACCCCAAAACCAGCCCCAACACCUCCCAACAACUAAUCAACGCCUCCCUCUCCCUCGGCCUCCUCUACGCCAAAACCUCCCGUCUAGACCUCGCCCUCCCAACCCUACUCUCCGUCUUCCGCGCCCAGAAAUUCUUGUCCGCGAAAUCCAUCACCACGAAAGGCAAACCCGCCCAACCCGACCCCCACGCACUCUGCGCCGAAGCCGCAACCCAAACCCACCUCGCAGAGAUCCUCGCCGUCCUACACCAAAACGACCGUGCCCUAUCAUUCGCCUCGACAGCUUCCACCCUGGCGAAACGCGGUCUCGAAAUUGCGUCCGCGCGGAAAGAUACGACGUUUUGUGGGGAAUGCGCGGGUGUUGCGGAGAAUGUCAAGGGAUUACUCUUGGAGAUGGACGGGAGGUUGGAGGAGGCGCUUGAGGCGUUCUUGGCGGCGACGGAUAGUGCGGAAGUGGCGAGGGAUAUGGUUGGGCGGAGGAUGUAUGUGGGGAAUGUGAAGAGGGUUAAUGAUGUCAAGGCGAAGGCGGUGUUGCCUUUGUGAGUGUGGGUGGGGAUGGUUGGAAGGUGAGGAAAGGGUGUAUGAUUAGGUUGUUUCUUGGCGUCAUGGCAUGGUGCGCAU